CUCCUCCUUUUCACAUCGCCCACUGCGUAACACCAUUUUCAUUCUCAUUCUGCAACAAUAACUACAAUGGCAUUGUCUCUCACGGGACCUACUGCAGGCAUGGCAGCAGCCACAGCCCCCUCCAAGACCAUUGCUGCACUCAACUUGGCCACCCCAUUCUCUGGAACUUCCUUUCGCUCAUCUGGUAAGGCCUCCAAGAGCAGAGCAGCUGGCCUCCGAGUGAAUUGCAUGCAAGUGUGGAAUCCAUAUGAUAACAAGAAAUGGGAGACAUUGUCAUACUUACCAUCCCUAACUCCAGAACAAAUUAUGAAGCAAGUUGACUAUCUAUUGAAAAACAAUUGGGUUCCCUGCAUUGAAUUUGAUGAGGAUGCUAUAAUCAAUAGGAAAUAUGGUACAACCCCAGGGUACUAUGAUGGAAGGUAUUGGAUCAUGUGGAAACUACCCAUGUUUGGUUGCAAUGAUGCAGGGCAAGUGAUGAGAGAAAUCAAUGAGUGCACAAAGGCAUACCCCAAGGCCUUUGUUCGCAUCAUUGGAUUCGACUCUAUUCGCCAAGUCCAAUGUAUCUCAUUCAUUGCACAAAAGCCAUGAUACUAAUCAGCUUGAAAGAACAUGUGGCUUUCUUCUUGAUGUAGUUGUUGGUGUUAAUAAUUUUGCUUACGUGGGAUUUCCUCAUUUGCUAAAUUGGAUCCCAUGUGAAUGAGUUGAGAGAGAAAAUUAAGGAGCUUGAUCUGACAUCAGUUAUUUAUUUAUUUUAUGUUGUGUUUGGACAAGAGCUCCAAUCUUUGUUAUCUCUCUUAUCAUUUAAUUUCUUAAAAUAAAAUUUGUGUAUCUUGUUAUUACUGUGA